GAAGAGAGAGGGCAGCAAUGGCACUCAGGGCAAAGGCAGAUGUGUGGCUGGCAAGAUCCUGGCAGUGCCUGCACAGGAUAAGGGCAUUGAGCACCACAGCAGCACCGGCCCCCAAGACACUGCAGCCCUUUGAAGCCAUCCCACUGCAUUCCAAAAACAAGUGGCUGAAGAUGUUUCAGAUCCUUAGGGAGCAGGGCCAGGAGAACCUGCACCUGGAGAUUCAUCAGGCCUUCAAGGAGCUGGGGCCCAUUUUCAGGUACAGCAUAGGAAGAAAACAGGCUGUAUGUGUGAUGAUGCCACAGGAUGCUGAGAAGAUAUUCCAAGUAGACAACAAACAGCCCUGCCGCCUUCUCCUGGAAACCUGGGUGGCCCACAGAGAACAGCGUGGCCUGAGACGUGGCGUGUUCUUGCUAAAUGGGCCUGAAUGGCGCUUCAACCGAAUGAGGCUGAACCCAAGUGUGCUGUCACCAAAGGCCGUUCAAAAGUUUGUCCCCAUGGUGGACAUAGUAGCAAGGGACUUCUUGGAGACCCUGAAGAAGAAGAUGAUGUUGAAUGCCCGUGGAAGCUUCUCCAUGGACUUUUAUUCCAGUGUGUUCCACUAUACCAUAGAAGCCAGUCACUUUGUUCUUUUUGGGGAGCGGCUGGGCCUCAUUGGCUAUGGCACGAACUCUAGCGGUGUGAAGUUCCUCAAUGCCUUGCAAUCUAUGUUCAAGACCACCACACAGCUCCUAUUCUUGCCUGGGAGCCUGACUCGCUGGACAAGCAGCCGGGUGUGGAAAGAACAUUUUGAGUCCUGGGAUUUCAUUUCUGAGCAUGUCACAAAAUCUAUUAAGAAUGUGUAUCAAGAGGUGGCAAAGGGUGGCCUUCAGUCCUGGAGUGUCAUAUCAGAGCUGAUAGCAGAGGGUGCUCUACCACUGGAUGGCAUCCAGGCCAAUACUUUGGAACUCACUGCUGGAAGUGUGGACACGACAGCAGUCCCCUUGAUAAUGACCCUCUUUGAGCUGGCUCGGAACCCAGACAUUCAGCGGACACUUCGGCAGGAGAGCCUGGCAGCCGAGGCCAGCAUUGCGGCAAACCCUCAGAGGGCCAUGUCGGACCUGCCCCUGUUGCAGGCUGCCCUUAAGGAGACCUUGAGGCUCUAUCCUGUUGCCAGCUUUUUGGAGAGAGUUUCAAGCUCUGACGUGGUGCUUCGGAACUACCAUGUCCCUGCUGGGACAGUCCUCAAUGUGAAUCUCUACUGCAUGGGACGAAACCCUUCAGUAUUUCCAAGGCCUGAGCGGUACAUGCCCCAGCGCUGGCUGGAGAAUAAAAGGAGUUUCCAACACCUGUCCUUUGGCUUUGGGGUGCGCCAGUGCCUGGGGAGGCGACUGGCUCACGUGGAGAUAAUGCUCCUGCUGCACUAUAUCCUGAAAUCCUUCACGGUGGAGACACCCAGGCCAGAGGAUGUGCAGAUGGCCUACCGCUUUGUUUUGGUGCCCAACUCCAGCCCCUUCCUCACCUUCCGGCCUGUCAGCUAG